UGAUGACCUCUUAUCCCAGAGGGCUUUGGCCUCUAGUGUGCCCUCUGUCCAGCCUGCUUCUUCAGCCACACCUCCGUCCCAAGCUCCUCCCCUCUGUCUUCCAAUCCAGAUCAUGCUGCAACCACUCAGCAAGAGGUUCAGAUACCACUUCUAUGGGAAUCGACAGACCAACUCCCUUGGCAAGCCAGAGUGGUACCUCACUCAAGUUCUGAUGUGGAUGAGUAACAGUUCGACCUUCAUGGAGGAAAAGAUCCAACCCAUCCUGGAGCGAGCUGGGGCCACCAUCAGUGCUAGGGUGGAGCUGUGUCGAGGCCUGUUGUCUCUGGUUCAGGAGAAGGUGGCCAGUGAUGCUUCUAGGCUGCUGUACGAUGAUAUGAUCUUUUGUCACUUGGUGGAGGAGGUGCUGCAGUUUGAGAAGGAGCUGCGAAGCAACCAGUUGUAUCCAGCAGUGCUGCCUGGUCUGCUUAACCUACUGCUUGAGGAUGCAAUCCUUCAGAAGUGGCUCACUGUGGAAAAGAAGAUGGCAGUAGAGAAGAUGGACGCCAUGCUGUCGGCCGAGGGAGCUUGGAGCUCUCAAUACAAAGAUAUCAGCGAUAUGGAUGAGCUGAAGGCUCCAGAUUGUGCUGAGACUUUCAUGACUCUGCUACAGGUCAUCACUGAACGGUACCGGACUUUGCCCUGUCCUUCUGCACAACUGAAGUUUCUGGGGCUACAGAGAGAACUGGUGGAUGACUUCCGUAUACGGCUCACCCAGGUGAUGAAGGAGGAGUCUCGCUGCCCCCUGGGUGCCCGUUAUUGUGCCAUCCUUAAUGCUGUCAACUACAUCUGCACCAUCCUGGGAGACUGGGGGGACAAUGUGUUCUUCCUGCAGCUGCAGCAAGCAGCGGUUUCACUUGGUGAGGAAGUAUUACUGGGAGGUCUGGGGAUUAUGGAGGUGGGUCGCCUGGCUUCUCUGGAGGGCUCUCUAUUUGAAGGUCUGCUGGCAUUGCUGGAUCGACUUAAAGGAGACAUGAUGGGAAGACUUCUGGAAUGGACCAUUAGGGAAAUCACAGAAAAAGCCAGACCAUACUGCCAAGACAGGUGGUUGUCCCUACCAUCCCAGCAUGACCAGUCCACCAUGACCCUGUCCAGUUCAGCAUGUCCCAUGAUGCUCUGUGUGAGGGACAGACUGUUGAACCUUCAUCAGGUCCUGAGUCUCUCUCUAUUCCAACUUGCCUGGCAGGGCCUGGCGGAAAGACUGGACAACUUUCUCUACCAGGAUGUGAUCCUGUCUAAUCAUUUCAGUGAUGGUGGGGCAGCUCAGCUUCAGUUCGACAUGACCAGAAACCUAUUUCCUCUGUUUGGGCACUACUGCAAAAGACCUGAGAACUUCUUUAAGCAUGUCAAGGAGGCGUGUAUCAUCUUGUGUCUUAAUGUGGGCUCUGCUAUUCUGCUGAGGAAUCUCCUUAAAGAGUCAGAGGAGGAGACGAGAGAUUGGGCAGGCACGGAGGAUCCUCCACCAGAGUCUGCAUUGCAUGAGUUGGGGGUUUAUUGCUUGGCACCCUGUGAUGUGUUGAUUCUGCUCAACCUAAGAGCCUCCUGGCCUGGACAGUAACAAUGAUCCUUGUUGGUGUAGAGGGGGCAUCAGAUUGAGCGCUCUGAAAAAUUUGCUUUAAUCUUCUAUGUAAAUGUUCAUCACAUAGUAUUUAAUUGUCAUUGUACUACCUACUUACCCAUUAUCUAAGUUGACUGAAGUACAAAAACAAGUACAAACAAUAAUUGUCCUUUGUCUGGUGGAUUAUGUAAUAAACUCUGCUUACCUGCAAUGAUCUUACCUUUA